ACUGGUUGCUGAUAAGACCGGCACGCUAACUUAACCUCACGAGUCAGAGUGCGGAUGUGAAACAGCAUGGCAACUGCAGGAAAGGUGAUCCGCUGCAAAGCUGCAGUAGCAUGGGAGGCUGGGAAACCUCUGGUGAUGGAGGAGGUGGAGGUGGCGUGUCCAAAAGCUGGGGAGGUUCGGCUCAAGAUUGCGGCCACAGGGAUUUGUCACACUGACUCCUACACGCUGAGCGGCUCCGACCCUGAGGGAGUUUUCCCUGUGGUGCUGGGCCACGAGGGAGCCGGCAUCGUGGAGAGUGUCGGAGAGGGAGUCACCAAGUUUCAACCAGGAGACACUGUGAUACCCUUGUACGUCCCACAGUGUGGAGAAUGCAAGUUCUGUAGGAACCCCAAAACCAACUUAUGUCAAAAGAUCAGGAUCACUCAGGGCAGAGGCCUGAUGCCAGAUGGAACCAGUCGGUUCUCCUGCAAAGGGAAGAGCCUCUUCCAUUUCAUGGGAUGCAGCACAUUCUCUGAGUACACGGUGGUAGCUGAGAUCUCUCUGGCCAAAGUGCACCCAGGGGCUGCUCUAGACAAGGUGUGUCUGUUGGGCUGUGGUAUCACCACUGGCUACGGAGCUGCUCUGAACACUGCUAAGGUGGAGGCAGGGUCCACCUGUGCAGUGUUCGGCCUCGGGGCCCUGGGCCUUGCAGCAAUCAUGGGCUGUAAAGCAGCCGGCGCAGCCAGAAUUAUUGGAAUCGAUCUUAACCCAGACAAGUUUAAAACUGCUCGAGAGUUUGGGGCCACAGAUGUCCUGAAUCCGAAAGACCACAGCAAGCCAAUCCAGGAAGUCCUUGUAGAAAUGACAGAUGGGGGCGUGGACUACUCCUUUGAAUGUGUGGGCAAUGUGGCAAUCAUGAGGGCAGCCCUAGAGGCCUGUCAUAAAGGAUGGGGAACUAGCGUCAUUAUCGGGGUGGCAGCAGCCGGACAAGAAAUCUCCACCCGACCCUUCCAGCUGGUGACUGGACGCACCUGGAAAGGCACUGCAUUUGGAGGAUACAAGAGUGUGGAAAGUGUUCCCAAGCUGGUGGAGGAAUACAUGAACAAGAAGCUGAAAGUGGAUGAAUUUGUGACUCACACUCUGCCCUUUGAGAAGAUCACCGAGGGUUUUGAUCUGAUGCAUGCUGGGAAAUGCAUUCGCGUCGUCCUUCAGGUCUAGACGUGGAGGAGCGCAGAAAAACAAGCGAUCGCUCUUCCUUUUUGCUCGGAUCAGUUUAAUAAAUAAUCUUUCAAUUCUC